AUGGUUUUGAGGACUUUUUCCGUAGGCGAGAGCCGUGAGUAUCUACUGAAGAGAUGCGCUUUCAUGGGGUUGGAUGUCUUUCUGCGGGACGGUAGGAAGAAUCUCUGGUAUUACCUUUGCUUCUGGGUACCAAUGGCUUAUCAGAUCUGCUGCUUCUAUACACUGUAUCUUGAGAGGAAUAAUCCUGUGAUCAUAAUGCAGUGUCUCUCGGUUUGGGGAGCUGCAGGUCAAGCAAGUUUAAAUCCCGAUCCUAGUGCUGGAUUUCCGGACUAUGAGAUUCAAGUGGCAAUUCAUGUGGCAUGUCUUUUUGUGGGAAUUAAUGAAUUGGUAGCUCUCGAUGGUCUCUACACGUACUUCAUCUUUAAUGCUGCCUCCAUGGCUGAUGGCCUGAUUAUCCACGUGCGAAAUAUGUCAUCUCAAGUGAGACAGAAUUCUAUCAACGAUACCGAAACCAGAAAAUGCAUCAAACACUUGGCACAACUCCAUCGAGAGUACAUGGAUUACGUGAAACGUCUCGACAAAAUGUACUACGUUAUGGUUCUAAUGCAAUUUGGAAGUUUUGCUCUCAGUGGGUCUGUUGGUCUCUAUGCAGCCCGAGUUAGCGAUUGGUAUGCCGUGUAUGGAAUUGUAUUCACGUCGGUCUUUCAAUUAUUCUUCUUUUGCUCCCUCGGCUCCGUCAUCGAAAAUAAGAACACUGAGAUUUCUGAGGAGCUGUAUGGGGCCAAUUGGGCGGAGAUGAGCGUUGAGAAUCGCCGGAUGAUACUCUUCAUGCUUCACCAUGCUAAAAAUGCCAAUACCAUCUCUGUGGGUCAUUUGUCGCCACUCAAUCUCGAAACAGGCAUGUCAACCUACAGAAUCCUCUACUCAUAUUUUCUGCUACUUCAAGAUGCGGUUAAAGUAUAGAAUAAUGAGACUUUUAGAGGAAGU